AUGCCAGCCCUUGUUGGCGGCGACGGCCAGGAGGGUGCGGAGCAAUUCAUGGGUGCAAAUAGACACAUGUCUGUUCCUAGUCUGGGUGAUACCGUGCGCGACGAGACGAGCAUUGUAUUUGUCAAUGAUCGCGACCCACUUGGACGGGACAGUGAAGACGGCAUGUGGAAGACUAGCGGUAAUACGGAGGACAUAGGUACCAGUGGAACGGAGGUUGUUCAUUUCGAACCCAAUUACAGCACGCCGGUGACUUCAGAUCUGGCGAGGGCUUGUCUGGUGGUGAUGGGGGUAACAGGCUGGAUUUGA